UACCUUUAAAUUGCACAUUAUAAGGACAAGAUUCUUUAGAGUAAGCAAGAUCCGUAACGUACCUAGCGUGCAGAAGCAUGAAAAACAAGAAGAAAAAUGCCAUCUCUGGUGUCGAGUUCCUUAGAUUCGUUCUUGCGACAAUCCGGAGCUAAAGACAAGUUUUUCGUCUAGGAUGAUAAAAGUUUCAGGAACAGUCCAGCGCGGUUGCUCAAAACUGCAGCGAUUGAGUGUGACAACGAUCGGCUGUAGCAGUGUAUCUGAUGUGACGUAAAGACGUGGGAAAGGGUACAUUGGUCUCCGAUUCCAGACAGGUAAAGUGUACGCAUGCAAGCUAAGCACUGCGAAAUGGUGUGGUCUGGUUUCUGUCGCUAAACUCCGUCACCAAGCGGUGGAGGGCCCUUUUUACUACAACGGCUGCCUAUUACGUUCCGACAACGACAUGACCCAGAAGGUACGCAUCGGAACGGAAGAAAUGGAUUCCGAAGAAAUCAACCGACGCUUUCCGGGGCUGAGACUGAAGGUUCCUUGCAGCGCGAAGUGUGGUGUUAGUGGCGAAGACGGUUUCAGCAUUUCGACGUCCAUCUGUCACAUCUUCCAGAAUCUGUCCCGUUGGAAUUGCGUCCUGGGGCACGUCGGCUUGCAGUUGCGAGAACUCCGCGGUCCCGGAAAGCUCUCCCUGGUGCGGGUCGCCUACAGGGGCCAGGGCGGCUGCAUGCUACAAGAACGGAGCCAUCACGCCCGGAUUCUCAUUCGCGUCCUCCUGGUGCAGCACAGAUGCGUCGAGAGCCUACACGUGGACGACGCCCUCGUGGAAGGUAGUGGACUCGGCGAGUUCCGGGAGUGCGUCGUCUCGACGUUUCGGGAAAACACGAGCCUACGGACCUUGAUUCUCGGGAGCCUCUUCAGCGAGUACAGGAGCAUCCGAGAAGAACUGUUCGAAGCGAUUGCCACCAUGACGAACCUGUGCGAGCUGGCCGUAUUAGGCAGCGCCGCAGGGCCAUUGGUCGUUCUUGACGCGGUUUGUAAGAUUCUCGUGGACACCACGUGUCUCGCCACUCUGACGAUUCCUCGACUCGUUUACGACGACGGAAGCGCGACUCGCCUGAUCGCAGCGCUCCAACGCAACAAUACCGUACAGAACCUGUCUCUGCACGUCAGCGUCAUGCAUUCGUAUAUGCAGAACGGAAUUCCAAGGUUCUCCCACUUUCUGGCCAACAGCACUCAACUGGCUUCGCUGAGCGUGGAAGGUGCGGACACGGAUCCCGUAAGCACGUUCCAACACAUCAAGUGUAUCGUUGCGCCGUUCCGAAUUCGCGGCAACCUGCAGAAGCUCCGACUAACAGGCUUCCUGUUAGGCGCUCAUUGCGCGUGCCUGUUCGCUGCCCUCGUGUACGGAAAAAAAGUGUGCCUCAAGAGUUUGGACAUAGGCGGCUGCCGCUGGAGACCGAAGUCACGGUUACAACGAACGCGCGACGCUGAACCUAGUGAGGACGAACAAUUGGGUCGACCCACGAUCGCGCACCGCAGCUGUCGCUGGAUUCAGGCGUUCGACCCCACUACGCGAGUGCAACUCUCGUUUAUGGCCUUGAGCUUUGAGGGACUCGAGCCGGAAGACCUGCGGCUUCUACUCAAAGCCGCCCUUAGCGUGGAACCUCUCAAAACCAUCUCGUUAAGAGGCGUGCCACUGGACAAACUGAAGACAGUUUGCCGAGCGAUCCGGGAGACUGGAAUGAGCGGACGAGUCUCUAUUGAAGGUACCUACCUCAUCGACUCUUCCGGACUAUAUGAUCUUGUGGACUAUCCGGAAGCGUUGUCUAAGGUAGCAGUCAGGUUUUUCCCCGAGCAGACUCCGAGGGCGUUUGAAAACGCGGUCCGCCUGGCGUGCUGCUGGCAUCGGGUCACCAUUCUCACCCUCAGCUUGGCGCAGAGCAUCCUUCUGAAUGGAUAUACGUUUCGCGCACUGUGCAAAUGCUUGAACACCAACAACUCACUGAGGGCGCUGUCGCUGAACGGAUGUGACGAUCCGGAUCUGAGCCGUAGUCCUCGAUUGGCAGGUCACCCUUACAGCUUACUCCUCGAUAUGAUCUUCAAGAACACGACAAUCCAAGCACUGCGCCUAAACGGGCUUCGUAUGGGCAGGGAGGACCUACGUUUCUUCGUUGCUGGAGUAGUCGCCAGCAAGAGCUUGUGCGAGCUCGCCUUCGUAUCCUGUGACCCCGCCGAAAACGACAUGUUUCUUAAACUGCUCGCCCCCAUAUUCCACCGAAAUCAGACCAUCUCUUACGUGCGUCUCCUGGAAUCUACGGACUGCGCAAGGGACGACUGGCUCGUAAUCGAAAACGUAAUCGGCCGCAACAUGGGACUCCUGACGUGCGCGUCUCACUAUUUCGUGGGCAAGGACUACUCGCCGCGCUGCGACGCUGCCCUCGCUGUCGUCUUCGGUACUAACGCCCUCAUGAAGAGAGUCGAGGAACUCGUAAAUGACGACGAAACCACGAACCACUUUCGAAGAAGUUGUGGAGUCUAGACCCGUCCGUGGGAAGUUUCGGGGGGAGCCACAUCUUUUAGCAAGCUUAAUAAGACGAAGAGGACAACAAUGUUCUCUGAUAUCAUACAUAUCGUUUUAUCAGUGACCAUUGCGCACUCGGUCAGCUAUCAGUCUAUCGGCGCUGUUUUUAAGCGGUCCGUUGUGUGCACUGACGUAGUCAUUGAGGCAAAAAGAAACGAAACGUGAGGAUUAGGUUAUUUUGUAAACCUGUUUCGUUACCACAAGAUGCGGCACAAAUUUGCCAUUAGUAUUGCAUGUUAUGUUCAUAGGUGCAUCUUAGUUCUAAAUUCUGUGCUCAUAUUCAUCACCAUUACUGCUUUUACAUUGUUCUUGGACUCGAAAGAACUUUUUUAUGUUUGGCGAUGCCUCACAUUUUAACAAAAUCUUCGAAAUAAACUGCGUUCUCAAAAUCUACGUGCUUC